AUUGUUUUAACAGAUCGAUGGGGACGUUUUAAACGAGACAUUUAGUUAACGCUUGUACUAGAAUUAUUAGAAAUAUACGAACUUGUAUGAUACGGUCAGAAGUGCGUUCGAAUUUUCCGUAUUUUGUCCCCAAGCGUUUCUAAAUACAGUAAAAUUUAAUCACAGUUUUUCCAAAACGAUGGUUCCUAGUGCAACUAUGUGCUCGUUUCAGUCUGAAAGUUGUAAAUCAAACGAUUCAGAACUAUAUUUUGGAGAAACCAGUGGAGUUUCGAAUCAGGAUUUGAAUUAUCAGCGUGUAGAUACAGAAUCAAUGAAACUGUACAGUGGUUUAGUGUUGACUGGAAGUACGAACUCAAGUAUUAAGAAUCAAAACAAUUUAUCCCAAUUAAAAAUAAGAUCCUGUGAUAUUGAUGGUGAUGAUUAUACGUUCAGUGAACACUUUGUCUCCAGUAUUUGCAUGUUAUCUGAAUCAAGUAAUUCAUAUGCCACUAGUUCAUACUUGCACCCUUCAGAACAACUUUCACAUGAAAGCUCACUCAGAUUUAUUGGAAAAAGUAGUACAGAUUGUUCUGAAUCAGAUAAACAGGAUUCCAGAUCAGAAAAACAAAAGGAAAAGCUUAUUUCAAAUGAUGCUGGAAAAGGAUAUCAACAUAUGGAUCAAAGAAACAGUAGGCGAUUAGGUCAAAACAAGGAGAAAAACUUGUCAUUUACGUUAGCUAAUGAUACCUUUAACAUCAAUCCAUCAUCUGAAUCAAUUAAGUCGGCUUUACAACUAUCAUCACACCUAACCGAUGAUCCCAUUCAACAUUUUCAUGCUCGUCACUAUGCUAAACUAAGUCAGUAUAUGAUGUUUGUCCAUAAUCAUCUCCCCAUUCCGAUUGCAAUUACUGUAGAAAACUCCCGAGGAUCAACAGUAUCAGCCUAUAUAUUUGAAAAAAAUAGUGACACGCAUAUGAGAAAUACUCUACGUUUUUUAGGAGCCGAUUCAUUAAAAUUCAAUCCUAACAAAAAGAGCAGUAAACCUUUACAAAAAAUAUCUUCAAAUUUAAUCCUUCAUUUUGCUUGUCAAAAGCAUUGUUCUCAAUGUUUAUACCCUGGACCACUUCAAAACAAAUGCUUUAGUGUGAAAACAAAAUAUUAUGUCUUUUGGAUGCAAUUGUUGGUACUGGAAGUACAGUUUCACCACACGAAACCUGUUCACAUAACCCAUUCGUCAAUGUGCUUGUUACGUAAUAUGUGGAAUGAGUUAACAAAUGUAAGCUUACACAAUUUAUCCUGCCACAGAAGUGAUCUGAGCCCGUUAAAAACAUAUGGGGACAGUCCACACAACACGAAUAAUAAUGCAACAUCUGGACCGGAACCUAUUUAUGGUUCUCCAUUGAGGCAACCAGAAACUUUGAUAGGCAAAGAAUUAUAUACAGAAUCUAAAAUACGUGCAUGGAAUUCUUUGAAGAUAGAGUCGAAGAAAAAGAGAAAACGUCAAUCGAGUUUCUUCUUUAUAGCCACCCACUCCUAUCCAACAACCAAACAUCUCGAUAAACUAUUGAAAGAGCUGAAGGAAAUUGGUUAUUUUGAACUAUUUCAAAUGAAGAAAACAAAAAUGCCGAAAGCAUAUACCGAAAAAGUACAAUGGGAUUGUUUUGUCUGUGGUAGUGAUGAAGUUUGGAAGGACCAUUCUGCAGGGACUGUAUGUAUGACAGGAAUCAACGGAAGAAAAAAAAAUGAGACCUCCGUACAGGGAAACGUGUUUAACUUAGAUUACGAGCUUAACCCUCUGAAUCCGCGACUAACUGGCACACUAAAGAUAAAGCAUAUCAAAACUAUCCCACGUGUAUUAGCAUGGAUAACAAGUUGGCAGGUACGAGAAUUUAAACUAGAAGAUGGAUUUAUUGCGUGGAAAUAUUUUGAAACGAAGCAUAACAUCAGUUGGCCAAAGUUACCUAUUUUCAAAGCUGGUUGCGAAAAGUCAAAUCAGCAAUCAUCCUACAGAGAUGUUUCAUCAAAGAGAUGGGAUUCAUCAUUAAAAACCAGAACGAAAAAGAACUGGUCCUACCUUUCAGUGGAUGAAAUUCUACACGUAAAAGGUAAUUACCAAAAAGGCACUCCACAUCUUGAUCAUCUCGAAAUCGAAACAUGUGAUCACGGUACGUGGUUAGUAAAGCCACACUUAAAUGGGUAUUGUAGUGAUUUACUUAAAUCAAACACAGUGAAUUCAACUAGAGAUCGUUUAAUUAGUGACUCCUUAGACUUAUGGCUACGUGGAUUACAAAUCGCUAUGGUGCGAUCUAGCCAAAAAUGAAUUACCAUAAAUAAUAGUGGAAUGAAAAACGAGUCAAUUAUCAAUUUUAACAGCGUGAGGCGUGAUUGAUUGGUUGACAGUGAUACAAAGUGACUUUAGUUCUACCUCGAAUAUAACGUUUUUACAUAUUUACUCAACGUGUUGUUGGGGUGAGAAAAUGUAAUAUGAUGAAUAGAUUUUCCCGAAAAUCACCUUUAAAUACGACUCAAUCGAUAAACUAUUAACAAACGCAGUGUAUAUUCACCGAAUGGGUAAGUAAAUCAAUUCCUUUGAAGGAAAUUUACCAACGAAAUAAAAUUAAUUUAAAAUCA